UUUGAAUAUUUAAAAACGAGAUUAUCGUGUCAUCUCCCACCACCAGAGUGCUCGGACAGAACAAAUGGCGCCAAAGACGAAGAGUGAUAAUAGCCGUCUUCGACGAUGUGAUCGUUUACCGAAAAAUAAAAAUGAACACGAAAAAAAUUUAUCUGAAAAGUCUGAUACAUCAAAAACUGUAACAACAAAAGUAGAAAAUUCAAAUUUAGACAAGAAGGAAAACAAUAAUAAUAAUAAUAAUAUGCUAUGUAAUAAUUAUCCUGUGAGAUGGGAUGUUAGUACAGAUGUUAUUGCUGAUAUUUUGCAAGAUAUGGGAGUGGGAAUCUUAGAAGAUAUUCCAUAUGAUAUUGCAGAGUACGAACCAACUCCACCUUCAAAUGCUUGUGUUGCAAUUACUCCAAAUACUAUAACAUCUAAGGUAACUAAAAUGGUGGCACUUCUGACUGUUCGUGCUCUGACUGAUUCUUCCCAGAGGGGAGCUGCCAGCAAGCAUCUGUGUUUAGCAUCACUAGUUAUUGAUUCAUGA